AAUUCAUUCAACUACCUUUUAUAUUCCUAGUAGCAGGCAGAACCAUUUCCCACACAGCAUUUUCUUGUCUUUGAGAAUUCUCAUCUCGUUUUCGUGCCACAACCAACAAAAUGAAUGCCGAUAAGAAAACCACUGCCUCAGUCCCACCCUCUGCGCCAACUCCUUCGCAAAAUGCUUCUAUCCUUCGAAGGAUUGCACCGAAUAGGUGGACGUUACUGUACAUCGUAUUGUUCACUGCCAGUAUAAGAUGUCUUUGGACUUAUAUGCAAUGGCCUAAUGGAGGGGAUUUGGCGCUAGCGCUCCAUACUGGGUUAUUGAUACUGUAUCUUGUUAUAUGGCGCUACGUUGAGGGGCAGUAAAAUAGUAUCGGUUUUGCUAAGUAGAAAGGGCAAAUUCUCCGACAUUUGCUACCUAUACUUAGUUCUGGAUUGUUUUUUUUGUUUCUUGUCGUUAAUGUUCUUUAUUGUGUGUUUAUAUUUCAAG